AUGUUACAGAUGAGAUAUCAUCUGACGGAAUGGUACCUAUUCGCGGUGCAUACAACGCGGCUGCCGCUGCCAACAUUCUCGCCCCGGGCGGUGCUGAUGUACAGCGCUGCUGUCGGCGGCGAGGGAGCAGUCGCGCUUCAGCUAAGGGAAGCAGCGCCUGGUGAGCUUGACGCGGCCCGCCUGCACGACGACAGGCUAGCCAUCGCUUGUCACGAGCCGGAGCUGCUAGCAGACCUACUUCACGCAGCCGCCGACAUCGAUGGCGAGCACGACGGACUCAGCGCAUUGCUCGGGGCGUCAUCUCCCGACCUGGCCCUCGCGUCGGACGCAUCGGACAGCCUCCCGACACCGGACCACGAUAACGGUGAGUAA